AUGCCGCCUCUGGCCUCAGACUCAGCACGUUGUCUCCGCUCCAAAGUAGAUCCGCUGAUCUCUGCUCCCGGUGCUGGCUCCCAGGCUCCGUCCCCGACUCCGCCCAUCUUGCCAGCCACGCCUCCACCUCGGGGAGUUCGUUUGCUCUUCCAGGCCGAGUUUUCUCCUGGCUGCGGCCGCUGCACUAAGCUUUUCUCAGCCUUGCAAUCUGGAGCCGGUCCCACUUCCCUGCCCUCCCCUCCCCUCGCCCUCCCUCACUCUUCAAACUUCUUUUUUCCACCCUCUUUUAACUUCAGUCAUUCUAGUGCCCGCCUUCUCCACUCCCAUCAGCCAAUCGAUGGUUCUCGUUCUCGUCGAGGGUCCGCCCCCUGCCCGCCGGGGGCCAAUCCCCGGCGAGGGAGUCGAGCGCUGGGCGGCGAGUUCCCCUACCUGGGGCGGCUCCGCGAGGAGCCCGGCGGGAGCACCUGCUGCGUCGUCUCGGGCAAGGCGCCCAGCCCGGGAGAUGUGCUGCUGGAGGUGAACGGGACGCCUGUCAGCGGGCUCACCAACCGGGACACCCUGGCUGUCAUCCGCCACUUCCGCGAGCCCAUCCGUCUCAAGACUGUGAAGCCAGGCAAAGUCAUUAAUAAAGAUUUGCGUCAUUACCUAAGUCUUCAGUUUCAGAAAGGAUCAAUUGACCACAAACUGCAGCAAGUGAUCAGAGAUAAUCUCUAUUUGAGAACCAUUCCGUGCACUACAAGGGCCCCCAGGGAUGGGGAAGUACCAGGGGUGGACUAUAAUUUCAUUUCUGUUGAACAAUUCAAAGCACUGGAAGACAGUGGAGCGUUAUUAGAAAGUGGAACGUAUGAUGGAAACUUCUAUGGAACUCCCAAGCCUCCAGCAGAGCCCAGCCCUUUCCAGCCAGAUCCGGUUGAUCAGGUCCUCUUUGAUAAUGAGUUUGACACAGAAUCCCAAAGAAAACGAACCACAUCUGUCAGCAAGAUGGAAAGAAUGGACAGCUCUCUUCCUGAAGAGGAAGAAGAUGAAGACAAGGAAGCUGUCAAUGGCAGUGGAAAUGCAGCAGAGAACAGAGAGAGGCAUUCUGAGUCAUCUGAUUGGAUGAAGACCGUCCCAAGUUACAACCAAACGAAUAGUUCCAUGGACUUUAGAAAUUAUAUGAUGAGAGAUGAGAAUCUGGAACCACUGCCCAAAAACUGGGAAAUGGCCUACACUGACACGGGGAUGAUCUACUUCAUUGACCACAAUACCAAGACAACCACCUGGUUGGAUCCUCGUCUUUGUAAGAAAGCCAAAGCCCCUGAAGACUGUGAAGAUGGAGAACUUCCUUAUGGCUGGGAGAAGAUAGAGGACCCUCAGUACGGGACAUACUAUGUUGAUCACCUUAACCAGAAAACCCAGUUUGAAAAUCCAGUGGAAGAAGCCAAAAGGAAAAAGCAGUUAGGACAGGCUGAUACUGGGUCUUCAAAACCAGAUACAGAAAAAUCACACUUUACUCGAGAUCCAUCCCAGCUUAAAGGUAUCCUUGUUCGAGCAUCACUGAAAAAAAGCACAAUGGGAUUUGGUUUUACCAUUAUUGGUGGAGAUAGGCCUGAUGAGUUCCUACAAGUGAAAAAUGUGCUGAAAGAUGGUCCUGCAGCUCAGGAUGGGAAAAUUGCACCAGGUGAUGUAAUUGUAGACAUCAAUGGCAGCUGUGUCCUUGGUCACACCCAUGCAGAUGUUGUCCAGAUGUUUCAGCUGGUACCUGUCAAUCAGUAUGUAAACCUCACUUUAUGUCGUGGUUAUCCACUUCCUGAUGACAAUGAAGAUCCUGUUAUGGACAUUGUUGCUGCUACCCCUGUCAUCAAUGGACAGUCAUUAACUAAGGGAGAGACUGGCAUGAAUACUCAGGAUUUUAAGUCAGGAGCAGUGGUUCUGGACCAGAAUGGAAAAUCAGGACACACCUUGAUCAGUGAUCGUCUCAAUGGACCAUCAGAUCUGAGCGAGCAGAGAGCAUCUAUGGCAUCUUCAGGCAGCUCCCAGCCUGAACUAGUGACUAUCCCUCUGAUUAAGGGCCCCAAAGGCUUUGGGUUUGCAAUUGCAGACAGCCCAACUGGACAGAAGGUGAAAAUGAUAUUGGAUAGUCAGUGGUGUCAAGGCCUACAGAAAGGGGAUAUAAUUAAGGAAAUUUACCACCAAAAUGUGCAGAAUUUAACACAUCUCCAAGUGGUAGAGGUGCUAAAGCAGUUUCCAGUAGGUACAGAUGUACCAUUGCUUAUCUUAAGAGGAGGUCCUCCUUCACCAACUAAAACUGCCAAAAUGAAAACAGAUAAAAAGGAAAAUUCGGAAAGUUUGGAGGCCGUAAAUGAGCCCAUCCCCCAGCCCAUGCCUUUCCCACCCAGCAUUAUCAGAUCAGGAUCCCCGAAACUGGAUCCUUCUGAGGUCUACCUGAAGUCUAAGACUUUAUAUGAAGAUAAACCACCAAACACCAAAGAUUUGGAUGUUUUUCUUCGGAAACAGGAGUCAGGGUUUGGCUUCAGAGUGUUGGGAGGAGAUGGACCUGACCAGUCUAUAUACAUUGGGGCCAUCAUUCCUCUGGGUGCAGCUGAGAAAGAUGGUCGGCUGCGUGCAGCUGAUGAGCUGAUGUGCAUUGAUGGAAUUCCUGUUAAAGGGAAAUCACACAAACAAGUCCUAGAUCUAAUGACGACUGCUGCUCGAAAUGGCCACGUGUUAUUAACGGUCAGAAGAAAGAUCUUCUAUGGUGAGAAACAACCUGAGGAUGACAGCUCUCAAGCCUUCCUUUCAGCCCAGAAUGGAUCUCCCCGCCUGAACCGAGCAGAGGUCCCAGCCAGGCCUGCUCCCCAGGAAGCGUAUGAUGUUGUCUUGCAACGAAAAGAAAAUGAAGGAUUUGGCUUUGUCAUUCUCACUUCCAAAAACAAGCCACCUCCAGGAGUUAUUCCUCAUAAAAUUGGCCGGGUCAUAGAAGGAAGUCCAGCUGAUCGCUGUGGAAAGCUGAAAGUUGGAGAUCAUAUCUCUGCUGUGAAUGGACAGUCCAUUGUUGAAUUGUCCCAUGACAACAUUGUUCAGCUGAUCAAAGAUGCCGGUGUCACUGUCACACUAACAGUCAUUCCUGAAGAAGAGCAUCUUGGUCCACCAUCAGGAACAAACUCAGCCAGGCAAAGCCCAGCUCUGCAGCACAGGCCCAUGGGACAGUCACAGGCCAACCACAUACCUGGGGACAGAAAUGCCACAGAGGGUGAAGCUGGAAAAGAAGUCUCCAUUUCAUACAGACACUCGUGGUCUGACCAUAAGCACCUCGCGCAGCCUGAUACGGCGACGAUCUCGGUCAUAGGCACUCGGCACAGUCAGAGCCUGGGCUGUUACCCGGUGGAGCUGGAGCGGGGCCCGCGGGGCUUCGGCUUCAGCCUGCGGGGCGGGAAGGAGUACAACAUGGCCCUCUUCAUCCUGCGUCUGGCCGAGGACGGGCCUGCCAUCAAAGACGGCAGGAUUCACGUUGGUGACCAGAUUGUUGAAAUCAAUGGGGAACCUACACAAGGCAUCACACAUACUCGAGCAAUUGAGCUCAUUCAGGCCGGUGGAAAUAAAGUUCUUCUUCUUUUGAGGCCAGGAACUGGCUUGAUACCCGACCACGAUGAUUGGGAUACUAAUAGUCCUUCAUCUUCAAACGUGAUUUAUGAUGAACAGUCACCAUUUCCCCCAUCUUCACACACUGCUUCCAUAUUUGAAGAGUCUCAUGUGCCACUAAGUGAAGAAUCUUUAACGAGAGUUCAGAUAUGUGAAAGGGCAGAAGAAUUCAAGGACAUUGUGCCUGAAAAGAAAAGCACUUUAAAUGAAAAUCAACCUGAUUUAAAGCAUCAAUCUCUUCUUCAUAAAAAUGUGAAUAAAAGGGAUCCAACCAACAGUCAUGGGCACAGUGAUAAGAAAAAUCUCUUGAAAGUAGAAAAUGGUGUCACACAAAGAGGUAGAUCUGCUAGUCCCAAAAAGUCAGCCAGUCGCUAUUCAGAGGAGCAAUCCUCGGAAAAGAUUCCCAGUCCUCUAAAACAUGACCCCAAAAGAAGACCCAGAGAUCGAUCACUCAGCCCCAGGAAAGGGGAGAAUAAAAGUUGUCAGAUCAGCACGGGGGCAGGUUCUGGACAAGAUCACUGCAAAAAAAGCAGAGGACGGUCUUCAAGCCCAAAGAAGCAGCAAAAACCUGAAGGGAGCAAAGACCAACCAAGUGCGAGUGGAAGAGGAGGGGGCCGUGCCAGUGACAGUGCUGAGCAGAGCGCAGGUGGGAGGGAAAGCGCAGGUGUCAGCAGGAGAGAUCCGAACCAGAGUCAGCCCGGAAAAAACAGAACCAGGUCUCCAGAGAAAAAGAGCAAGAGAACGGAUGAAACGUCUCUUCCAUCCAAAAAGACUAACCCAGCUGGUAGAGUAGUAUCAGGGAAGAAAGCAACCUUAGGAGAAGCAAGUUCCAGUAAAGAGAAAACAGGAGAAAAUGUCAAAAUGGCAGAAAAGAAGCUGAAGCAGGAACCCGAAGAAAGAACGGUUUUAAACAAAAUAGAAGAUCACAAAGGCAAAGAAGUAGAGGUGGCUGACAAAAACAAAGAGAGCGGAGGACUCAGACCUGAGAGCGGUUCUCCAGUUAAGAAAACACCCAUCACGCCAGGGCCGUGGAAGGUGCCCAGUGCAGGCAGAGCCACAGGCACUACUGGUGUGGCCGAGAAGCGGCUGUGACCUUCAGUGUAAAGCAAGGAAACACAAUCACCUUUUCUUAUUAAAAAGCAGCAUUUCCUACCCCUCCAAAAAAUCAAAUUUUUCAGAAAUUCUGAAACACACCUAAGUACAUUUUAAUUUGAGCAUCGAGUUAGCUGGCUGCAUGAAGGGCCUUUAGGAUUGCUACGAAUCCACUGCCCCCCGCCGGCUGCCUCUCCUCGCUCGCACCACCUCGUCUCCCCGGGCGUCCCCACACAUGACGCAGUGAUACCCACAGCGUGGUCACAACUCCCGUUACAUUUGUGCCAAGUUAUCUACUGUAUCAUGUCUAUUUUAUCCUUCUCACAAACAUAUUUCCACACUAAUGAAAAAAACUAGCUUUGGCUUGGAAGUUGAUAUUCUCAAUAGCAUGUUGCAUGUUUAGAGAGACGUAGUUGAGCCCCUGCAGAAGAAGAGAUUGUUAAAUCAUUAAAGGCGGCCGUUGCUGCUUGUAACAGCUACUGAUGGUGUCCCAGUUUAAAAAUACAACCUCAAACGUCACUACUGUAAAGAAAAAAAAUGUAGUCAAAUACUGGCCUUCUUCCAGUUUUUUAUGUUAAUUCGGCUGCAUAAGGUAUUUCAAGUCACUGUUAAAGAUAUGACUUAACAAAUGUAUGUUCCAAGGAGAAAAUACUUCAGGCAAUUAAGAGUUCACCUCCUGCUAUGUUACCCAACCCUCAAGUGCUGUAGCAUCCCAGACCACCUUUUUAUUUCAGUUAUUUUACUGUAACACCACAACAAAGCACACGGACCAUACUGCUUAUCGCUGUUUGAAGAAAAACUACCAAAUUUCUAUGUCUGGGUAUUUCAGUUGAACCAACUCCUAAGUCAUUAGUCAUUAAUACACAAUAUGUCUUUGAAGAGGGACUUAGGAAACCAGCUCCACAGUCCGUUGCCAGGUGGAGUGCCAGCCCCUCUGGUAGCAGCUGUACAAGUCCGUGUGUUUAGAAGCAGAACCUGCAUGGGACGGGCUCAGCACAUGAGGACAAAGGUGGUGGGAGACAGUCUUUGCUAGAUCUUAUUUCAUUUUAAUUUCUAGCUACAUUAACAUUUAAACACAAGAAAGGGAGACUAAACAUGUGAAAUUUUGUACAAGCUAAGCAGAAAAAAUUUGUAAGUCAAUUAGAAAUGUUUGUUGGAAGGUUGAGAGUUUUUAACUCCAUAAAAUAGAUCCAGGUUUUUCAGCCCCCGGAAGCAGCAUUCAGUAGCAUCUAUAAAUAAAGGCGCACUCAGAAUAAAACCAUUUUAUGGAGUAGUUGAACACACUUGUUCUGUUGCCCUGGGUUCAUCUCAUUAUUGUGAACACAUCAUGUCCUGGUCCUUCCCUCUCAGAGUCCGACUGUGAAAUUCUUCACUGUAACAACUGAAUCAGCCCCUGUAGAUAAGACCUGUUUCCCAGAGUGAGAGUUCUGAAACCCCCUUUUCAUCCAGAACUAUAUUUACCCACCUAUUGUAACUACUUGAAUAGAGCAAAAUUAGAAGGCUUGAUAAACGCUAAAAAUUUAGUACCACAGAAAUGAUUUAUUUUCCCUAUAGUCCACAAUUAGUGAUAAAAAAAUCCUAUUUUUAUUGUUAACUGUGACAUAACUUUGAUGUCAUAUGUUGUCAGUCUGAAGUGGCUCUUUCCUCAGUAACCUGUCACUGUACUGAUUAUAUACCGACUUAGCAAUGUGGCCUUGGAAUGCUAAGCAAAAUAUGGAUGUACUGGUUGUAAAUGUUUAUAUAUUGUACAGUACCUUUAUAUAUACACCUGAGGUUCUGAUUAGAGAAAGAUCUGUAAAUCGCUCGUUAUUUUUUAUAUAGAUAUUAAAAAAACCAAACCAGAA